AUGAUUGUCCUUCCAGGGACACCAUUUUUGUCAAACACAAAGAGAAAAGUAACAAAUUUACCUCCAGAAUUGACUUCAGCAAGAACACAGCUCGUGGAUAUAUCAUUAGAAAGUCGCCAUGAUUUCAUAUUGUAUUUGAACUUAUUGAAUAACUACCUUGAAACCAUCUUCCAAUACGUGUCCACGAAAGAUCACCAGCUGCUACUGUCUAGCAUACAUUUUGCAGAGUCCAUUAUAAUUUCGGAUACUGUUCCAUGGCAUGGAAUUGAACGUCCUAAAGUGGCAUUUGGAAAGAAACUGGAAGCCAUUUCUUGGACAUUAAUGCAUGAAAUCGUCACAGUUGCUGCUGCUAUGAGUCUCAACCAUUCCUGUUUAUCGUCCAAAAUCAUUGAUGACUUGGUGGAAACGGAACCUGAGAAUCUUAAAGAUACAGCUGAAGCAUGGACACCCGUUAUUAAGCAGUACAAAAGCGCAGUUUCUCUCGCUAACUUUGGUCUAGAAUGCUUGAGUCAUGCUAGCACUCUGGAUCUAGUUGCCAUUGACCCUAAUUGCUUUAUCCUUCUUGAAAAAACGGCCAACGUCAGUACCCAGAUCUCCAUGCUUGUGAAGUCUUCAUGGCUUAAUCGACUUGAUUUCAAUAGAGCAGGCUCCUUCAGCACAAAAAAUAAUGGUACCUUGUCUCGAGUCGCCAUAUAUGCCCUUGAUGAAUUGAAAUUCUGUCAAAAACUUGUCGGUAGCUUUGACAGAAACUGCAUUUUUUUCCGCCAUGAAAAUUGGCUCUCAUACUUGAACCUCAUGCAGAGUUACGCAACAGCUUACUCUGUUCUCUUUCUUUCAAUUGACUAUUACCAGCAGUCCAAACUAGGACUAGCGCUUGGUUUGAUAAAUUAUGGUCUAUUAUCCCUUCAAGCAAAACAGAUGGAAAAGCCCGGCAAAAACAAGAAUAUAGUGACCAGGUUUAAGACCAAGUUUGCCUCGCACAAGAAUGAGCUGUAUAUUAAAGAUUUACAGUCUGUGACCACCUUGAAUAUUGAUAAGCUGCUUUUCAAAUCGAGCUCCGGAGCCUUUUUGAAAGAUCUUACUUUUCUUUUCGAUCAGCUUAUUCAGCUACAUUUAAAACUAACAAAAGAGAAUGAUAACUUGUUUUUUGAAGAUAUAGUUGACUGGAAGGAUGCCAAAAAAGACACAAAGUGGCCGACGGGUGCGGCCAUUCCAACAUCAACUGUGGACACUUUCCUACCCCAGUCUUUGCUAGAAGGUAAAAGGCAAGCGUAG